CUUGUAUCCUAGCAACCGUAAUGUUUCCUGCGGCGGUGCGGUGGACCGACGGCGAGCCAGCGGCUGUCACCGCGGUCCGGGCGGGUACGAUGCGUGGGAGCGAGCUUCUGUUGGACCGGGUGGAGGCCGUCAGCCUCGCCCGGAAAAGGGAUCGGGAGACCCAAAGGCAGGGCAGGGUCUUCAACGCAAAACUCAGAACAAUUGGGAUUGAUAAAGACGCUUUAGAUUACCAGGUGAGAGAACGGAAAGAACAGGAGAGGAAAGAAGCGGACACACAGAGAUCAUAUGCUGCUGAUCUGCUUCGCAGUGACCGAAUCAGCUGCCUACUGGAGCAGAGACAGCAGAAAGAGCAGCGGCGCCUAGAGGGCGCUAUUCUGCAGUUCCGACGUGACUUCCAGCAGCCCGAGAACCGGCGCGAGUUCGACCUGAACGACCCGGCCCUGCUGAGGAAGCAGCGGGGGGGUCUGGUGCUGCCCGGGCUGGUUGGGGAGGAUCCGGGCAGUGCCGAGCGUCACCGCAGGCAGCAGGAGCAGAUGCGGGAUUGGUCGCUGCAGCAACGGCGCGAGCUGGAAUCGGCGAAGUACCAGCAGCGGCUGGAAGACCAGCAGUAUGAGGACAGCAGGAUCACACUGGACCGCCGGGCCGUCAAGCUCCAGAAUAUCGAAGCGGAACGCAGGAGAUCGGUUGCCAUGGCCACCAAAGACUUCAACUUAGCCAUGGCGGCGGAAUCCUCUGAGAGGCAACGUCAGGCGCGACUGCAGGAGGAGGCGGCUAACAGAGAGGAGAUCCUGAGCCAGCUGCAGGGGCCGCUGCUGAGCGAGAGCCUGGGGUAUGGCGAGGGCCUGCGUCAUACGCAGCCCAGCAGCUACAAGGGCAUGAGCCAGGAUCAGCUGAGGCUGAUCAGGGAGUACCAGCAGCAGCAGGUGGAGGACAGACAGAGAGCCCAUUUGGAGCAGCGGCGGCGGCAGUUGGAGUGGGAUGGGCGGAGCCAGGCUACCGAGCGCCACGGCCUCCUGCUGGAGAGACAGCAGGCGCGGUUCAGCAGGCAGCUACGCUGUGCCCUGGACCGCACCAACGCCCAGCUGGCCAGCGAGCAGCGAGCGCAGAAGGAGUACCUGGAGAAGGAGGUGUUCACCAACAUUCCUGACAGCCGCUACUUUGCGCAGUUUAACACCACCAGUCGAUAAGAGCGGUGCUGUCGGCUCAGCCUGGUCCCCUCGCUUUUGUCUGCUGCACCGCUGCAGCAAGCGCAAUAAAGACUGCACUAUUCACUAAGAA